AAAGGGAAUCAUAAUCUUCUCUAAACAGAUCCCUCUAAUCAGAUUUCUUUAUGGUCUUUUUUUAAAACCAAAAUUAUUGGCAUUCGAAUCUGGUAGAGAGCUGAUUUCACACGCUGCCUGCUUGCAUAUCAAUGGUUAACUGAGCUGGCGUGAUUGUGCUUACCUCAACAAAAUCACCGCAGUGAGAAAGAGAAAGCAGUGAAUGGGUGGAGAUGAGCAGCCCCGUCAGAGAAGAGCUAUGCAUUCUGGCUGGUGCAGUCCAGAGCAAACUGCUGCAAUGAGAGCCUGAAGGUGCAGCAGCCUCUGGAGCCUGCAUUGAAAUUGAAAGCCAACCUUCCGUUGCGCAGAGAAUUAUUAUAAUUACUGCUGCUACUGUUGUGCUUAUUCAUUUUUGCACAAAAGAGACUCAAAAUAUGGCCAGUGGUAAUGUAUCCAGUUUACAGGAUGCCCAGAGCAGGCAUUGCAAGUUUCUAUCUUAUAUGUUCUACCAGGCUGUCCGAGAUCACAAACCUGUGUGGUUGUUAGAGGACAUGAGGACUAUGGAAUAUUUCUACUGGGAGGAGAGUGCUAACAUGAGGACAUAUUCCCCUUCAGAAGCACUGCUGUAUGCUGUGGUGCACAAUCACCUGCCUUAUGCCCAGUAUCUGCUGUCUCAUUUUCCAGAAGAGGCUCUCAAAGUUCCUGGAGAGCAUUUUUGCUAUUGCCCAUCCUCUGCUCCUCAUUUAGCAAUGGCUGUAACCUAUGACAGGAGGGACAUCCUGGGGCUGAUCAUCAGCAUCGCACACAAGCUGCCUAGCCUGAACUCUUACAUCAAUAGGACUGGCUGUUUUCAUCUUGAAGAUGGCAAGACCCCUCUGCAUCUCGCCUGUGAGCUCCUGAGAUCAGAGACCAUUCUCAUCUUGCUAGGAAAUGGAGCUUCUCCUAGAAUAGAAGACAACAAAGGGCUCACUCCACUGGAUGUCAUCCUGGAACAGAUGUGGGAUUCCAAAGUCAACGUAGCUUCCAAAAACCUCUGCCUUGACUACCUCUUGCUCUUCAUGCCUAGCCCCCGCUUUAAGAUGCAGAAGGUCUUGCGGGAACAUCCUGAACCCUGGACGGUGCUGCUUGGAGAAGACAAGUUCAAUAGCCUGGCGGGGAACACGCCUGCAUCCUUAUACCUGCAAGCUAUGCAAACCAUCCUCCAGAUUCUCCCACCCUCUCAUUUCCCUAAAAGCAUCCAGGAACUACCUAUACCUCAGGCACUAAAGCCCCUGCCUUGCAUGGGGAAGCAGCAUCUGGCAAAAAUCGGGGUAAAGAAUUUUCCAUGAUCUACUCUUUUUUCUUUUUCUUUUUUCAGGGUUAAAGUCAAAAAUGAGUGAUCAGGUAGGAUUUUCAAUGAUGUGAGAGGUUGCAAACCAAGCCCUGGUAUAAUUUUAUUUAUGUUAAAAAAAUUACUUUUGGGUCAGUUGUAAGGAUUGCUGCCUGUGAUUUUUUUUAAAUUUAGACAUGUAUUUAUCCCUGGUACCACUGAAAAUCCUGGUAAUAUGAUUUGUUAAAUGCUAUUGCUGUUGUUCUUGUUAUUUCAAUGGACUGCAAGCAUUGGACUUUUGAAAGUAAGAAAAUCUAUAUUGUUUUAUGCAUGUGAAAGAUUAAAUUACCUGAGCUGUU